ACGUCCCACCAAUGCACCCCACACCUCCACUAUCUUCACUUUCUACAUCACAUCUCUCUCUCUUUUUUCUCAGUUUCAGGAUCAUCUUCUGAUCUUCUCUUCCUCCAUAUGUUUUGAACACAAGACAAGACAAGACGGUGAUGCAUUGAUAUCAUCCUAGGUAUCAUAGUACGAGGAGGGCCACAAAGCAGGCUUAAAUCAACUGGCUAAAAGAUUCAGCUAGAAUCAAUAACAGUCUUGAAAGACUUAUUAGCAACUAAACACUUGUAAUGGCAUUAUCAAAAAGUAUAGACCUGGAAAUCGAGGUCUACGAAGACAGUGAUUCAGACAUUAGCAGCCAGGUUGAUUCCAACAUUUCAGUCCAAAAAACAACUCAAUCUCCUGUCAUGGAUAGCCUCAAGAUACCAGAAACAUCUUCGGUUUCUCUCGAACUGAGUCUAACCUUCAACUCCAACAUAGAUAAGUUUGAACCAGUAGACUGUAAAAGCACAAAUGAAACCGAAUCAAACGCAACACCAGCGACCAUCUCUAGAGUUUUUCCUUGCAACUAUUGCCAGAGAAAAUUUUUCAGCUCGCAAGCUCUCGGGGGCCAUCAGAACGCGCACAAAAGAGAGAGGAUGCUUGCAAAGAGAGCUAUGAGAAUGGGUAUUUUCUCAGAGAGGUAUCCUAACCAGCUUGCAGCUUUUCCUUUACAUGGAAGUUCUUUCAGAUCUCUUCAAAUUAGAGCUCACUCGUCACAGCACCAAACAUUCAUGCCUCAUAGACAAUCCAAUGGAUUUAUGGGAUUGCCUACAUAUGUGGAGGAUAAUGGACCUGAUCAGCUUAUUUGGCCAGGAAGCUUCCGUCAGGUGACUGCAACCGGUGUUGAAGUCGAUUCAACGCUAGAAACGUCGCCACCGCAAAUCGUGGAAGGGAUCGGACCAGUUUAUGGUGGUUAUGCAACACCAGAUCUUACUUUGAGACUUUAAUUUAGUUCUUUGUUUCUUUGCAUUGUAAUUUAUCACCCUUUAAUUUAUGUGGAUUGUUGUUUGUAUAGUUAACUAACACUAGGUGAUGGAUGGUAUGUUGCAACUUUGCACGUUUAUUGUACGCUCCUAAACUAUGUCAAUAUACAAGAGCUUUGCAAGGA